AUGGCGGUGCUUCCUCGCUUUCGCAAGAGCUCCGGACGACCCGUCUACGGCCGGAGUCCAAGGAAAACACUCACGCAUCGCCUCCUCCGCUCAUUCCUCCACCUCAUCGCUUGGAUAUUCUUAGUCCUCGUCCUCAUUGCCAAUGUCUCCAAUAAGCCUGUCUUGCGAGAAACCUAUUUUAUGAAAAUCGAUCUCUCCAAUAUCAUCCCGCUCAAUGUGCCCAAUGCCCGCUUCAUCAACAGUAUUGCCCGAUCCAUUGGUCUCCAUGAUUUCUACCAGGUUGGCUUGUGGAAUUUCUGCGAGGGUUACAAUGACGAGGGCAUCACCUUCUGCUCAAAGCCCGAGACGCUGUAUUGGUUCAAUCCUAUCGAGAUCAUUCUAAGCGAAUUGCUUUCGGGAGCUUCCAUUGCUCUUCCCUCCGAUAUAACGGACGCCCUCGACCUGGCCAAAAAAGCCUCUCAUUGGAUGUUUGGUCUCUUCCUCACUGCGGCCGUCCUCACUUUCAUUCUCAUCUUUCUGUCCCCGCUUGCCGUUUCGUCACGCCCACCCCAGACCCUCUCUCCCGACGCAGCAGUCAACCGGGCCCACCCUGCACACCGUCGCCGCACCUUCAUCUUCUUGCGCGCUUUUCCUUUUGCGAUUAUCACCUUCCUAACCGCUCUUUUCACCAUUGUCGCCGCCGCAAUCGCAACGGUUAUGUUCGUCAUCUUCAAGAAUGUCUUUGCUGGCGAUGCGUAUGAGCUCAAUAUCAAAGCCGAACUCGGCAACCGUAUGUUGGCGUUUAUGUGGAUCGCAGCCGCCUUCAAUCUUAUUGCGUUUAUUGUCGAGCUUGGCUCCUGUUGUGCCGCCUGCUGCGGGGGGCGCAAGGCCCGCAAGCAGCUUAAGCAACACCCCGAGGGUUCUACAGGCACUGCCACCGGCGCUGCCACACCCGAGAUGGAAAAAACUAGCCCUCACUCUCGUUCUCCAACGGAAGAGCAUCGAUAA